CCGCCCACAGCGUGGAAGGAACCGAACAGACUUCCCCACGUGAAUGCCAGCAUGGUUAUGUGUCUUUAGUAAGAUACUGGUACAGAGUAAGAUCGAAUGCAGUAAGAGUUAAGUCAUCAUGGCCACGUUUCGGAAAAAGGUGGAUAAUCGCAUCCGAGUCCAGAUUGAAAAUGGAGUUCUCGAAAAGCAUCGUACCAUGUUUGUCAUUGUUGGCGAUCAUGGCAGAGACCAGGUUGUCAUUCUGCAUCACAUGUUGUCAAAAGCCACUGUGCGAGCAAGACCUUCGGUGUUGUGGUGUUACAAGAAAGAACUUGGAUUCAGCAGUAACCGGAAGAAGCGUAUGAGACAGUUGCAGAAGAAGAUCAAAACAGGGACACUGAACCUGAACCAGGACGACCCAUUUGAGCUUUUUGUUGCGGCAACCAACAUCCGGUAUUGCUACUACAACGAGACGCACAAGAUUUUGGGAAACACCUACGGCAUGUGUGUCCUGCAGGACUUUGAGGCCCUUACACCUAAUCUGUUGGCACGGACCAUUGAGACAGUGGAGGGUGGUGGCAUCGUGGUCAUUCUACUCAGGACGAUGAACUCUCUGAAGCAGCUGUACACCAUGACGAUGGAUGUCCACUCUCGCUACAGGACGGAGGCCCAUCAGGAUGUGGUCGGGAGAUUCAAUGAGAGGUUUAUAUUGUCACUGUCAUCGUGUAAGACGUGUGUGGCCAUUGAUGACCAACUCAACAUCUUGCCCAUCUCCAGCCACAUUGCCAACAUUAAAGCAGUCCCUCCAAAGACACAGGAUGAUCCACCGUCACCAAGGGAACAGGAGCUGAAAGACCUGAAGGAGUCUCUCCAGGACACCCAGCCCGUGGGAGUUCUGGUGGACUGCUGUAAGACCAUGGACCAGGCCAAGGCUGUGCUGAAGUUCAUCGAGGCCAUCUCUGAGAAGACCCUGCGCAGCACUGUGGCUCUGACGGCGGCUCGUGGGCGAGGAAAGUCGGCCGCUUUAGGACUGGCUGUGGCAGGAGCCGUAGCUUUUGGAUACUCCAAUCUUUUUGUGACCUCUCCCAGUCCUGACAACCUGCACACCCUCUUUGAGUUUAUCUUCAAGGGCUUUGAUGCUCUUCAGUAUCAGGAACACUUGGAUUAUGAAAUCAUUCAGUCCCUCAACCCAGAGUUUAACAAAGCUGUGGUCCGAGUCAACAUUUUCAAGGAGCACAGGCAAACAAUUCAGUACAUCCACCCGGCGGACGCGGUGAAGCUGGGCCAGGCGGAGCUGCUGGUGAUUGACGAGGCGGCCGCCAUCCCCCUGCCACUGGUCAAGAAGCUACUGGGCCCGUACCUGGUCUUCAUGGCCUCCACCAUCAACGGAUAUGAAGGCACGGGUCGUUCUCUCUCCCUGAAGCUCAUCCAGCAGUUGAGACAGCAGAGUGCCGACAGUCAGCUGAACCUCUCAGCAGAGAACAGGACCACCAACACGGCCAGACUGGCAGCAGCGCGCUCGCUGCAUGAGGUCUCGUUGCAGGAGUCCAUUCGUUACGCGCCGGGAGACGCCGUAGAGAAGUGGCUGAACGACCUGCUGUGCCUGGACUGCCUGGCCAUCCCGCGCAUCAUCUCUGGCUGCCCGCUCCCUCAGACCUGCGAUCUCUACUAUGUGAACAGAGACACGUUAUUCUGCUACCAUAAAGCAUCAGAGGCCUUCCUGCAGAGGCUCAUGGCCCUCUAUGUGGCAUCCCACUAUAAGAAUUCCCCCAACGAUCUCCAGAUGCUGUCUGAUGCGCCGGCCCACCACCUCUUCUGCCUGCUGCCCCCCGUGCCCCCUACCCAGAAUUCCCUGCCAGAGGUGCUGGCCGUGGUGCAGGUGUGUCUGGAGGGGGAGAUAUCCAAGCAGUCCAUCCUCAACAGCCUCUCCCGCGGCAAGAAGGCCUCUGGGGACCUCAUCCCCUGGACCGUGUCAGAGCAGUUCCAAGACCCCGAGUUUGGCAGUCUAUCAGGAGGGCGAGUGGUGCGGAUAGCUGUGAAUCCAGACUACCAGGGGAUGGGCUACGGGUCGCGAGCUCUGCAGCUGCUGCAGCAGUAUUAUGAGGGACAGUUCCCUCUGCUGGACGAAAAGGAGAACACCAACAGUGGAAUCACCUCAGUCAGCAGCGAGGCUGUCAGUCUCCUGGAGGAGGUGGUGUCUCCGCGUAAGAACUUGCCGCCGCUGCUACUGAAGCUGAGUGAGAGGAGAGCAGAGCGGCUGGACUACCUGGGGGUCUCCUACGGCCUCACCUCACAGCUCCUCAAAUUCUGGAAGAAGGCAGGAUUUGUGCCAGUUUAUUUGAGGCAAACUCCGAAUGACCUGACGGGGGAGCACUCGUGCGUGAUGCUGAAGGAGCUGAACUCUGAGGAGUCUCCGGAGCAGGGCCAGUGGCUCUCAGCCUUCUGGAAAGACUUCCGAAAGCGUUUUUUGUCCCUAAUGUCUUACCAGUUCCGGACCUUCCCACCCAGCCUGGCCCUCAACAUCCUGCAAAAUAAGAACGCCAUAGAGAGUGGCCAGUCAGGCCUCACGGGUGCUGAGCUGAGCGCCCUGUUCAGCCCGUACGACCUGAAGCGUUUGGAGAUGUACUCCCAGAGCAUGGUGGACUACCACCUCAUCAUGGACCUCAUCCCCACCAUCGCACGCAUCUUCUUCCUCAAACAGCUGGGGGACGUCUCCCUCUCGGCCGCCCAGUGUGCCCUCCUGCUGGGUCUGGGCCUGCAGCACAAGACUGUGGAUGACCUGGAGAAGGAGAUCGAGCUGCCAGGUUCUCAGCUCUUGGGUCUCUUCAAUCGUCUCAUUCGUAAAGUGGUGCAGUUCUGCAGAGGCCUCCAGGAGAAGGCUGUUGAAGCAGAUAUGGUCGCCACAAAGGACAUUGAGAUGGAACCAACCACCCGGUCAUUGAACGAAGACUUGGAUGAGGCAGCAAAAGAGUUUCAGGAGAGGCGUCAACAAGAUCUGGAGAAAAUAAAGGACAUGGAUCUCUCACAGUAUAUGAUCCGUGGGGAAGACGAAGAAUGGGACCAGGUGCUGAAGAAGGCUGGCAAAACGGCUAUCGUCAGCAUCAAAAGUGACAAGAAAAGGAAGUUUGAAGGUGGAUAUCAGAAAGAGGACUCGCAAGGAAAGAAGAUAAAGAAGAACUUCAACAAAUCAAAGUUUGAGAAAAAGGGUAAAUUCGGGAAGAAAGUCUAGCCCCCAGCUGACAGGUCAUUAGCGGACUUCAUGACUGUCAGUCGAAAAACAAAUUCCUCCUACACAUUGUUUUGCGUGUGAGGAUUCCAAGUCAUCAAGACAUGUACUUUUUUGGCCUGGUCCUCACUCUGCCUUCAGCAGACAUUUUCCUGUGAUGACCGAACUGAUAUUUUUUUCAAUGCUGUAUUGUAAUUAUUGUGCCGCUUUUUUAUUUAGUUUUGAGUUGAUUUCUGCUGACAAUACAAUUUAAGUAUACAACACAAACAUUGUUCAAAUGUUGGAGAAGAAAUCUAUGAAAUAACUACAAACAAUGUAGUGUGUUAAAAUUCAGUGUUCUGCUGAAUGGGUAUACAUACAUUUUAAAGCACUGACAUAUUGGGCUAUUAUGUAACAUAACACACAGGCAGGACUUCUAUUUAUCAAGACAAGCAGGUUAAAAAAAUCCAUGUUCAAAGCAGGUAAAGGUAUGUUUGCCAUUUCUAUUUUAUACAUUGCCAAAAUUGUGGUAUUGUUAAAUAAAAAUCAACCAAUGUAAUUGUUCAUGGGUGGGUCUAUUCUGGAUGGAGUUGUCAUGCUCACUGUGUUGUAGCAUGGCUAACCCAAUGGAUAAGAAGGGGGAAAGCGCAUGUAUGCUUGGAUUUUUCAAGAGCUCCCGUUAAGACCUUAGCCUGAUUAAUGGCAAUAGAAAAGCUCCACUAUGCUGGGCAUGUAUACUUCUCAUUCAAUGCAUUUUGUUAUUUUCGUGGCUAUUUACAGUACGUUGUACAUUUUCAUUGAGGGCAUCAAAACUGUGCCUAAACACAUGUAGAA